AGCACAUCGUUGUGAAAUAGUUGGGUGGAAUACACACGUGUAUUGCAGUUCCUCAUGCACUGCGCUGAACGGUCACCAGCGACAGAAGCAGACACAAGAGAGAGAGAGAGAGAGAGAGAGACCAGCAUGGAGCUCCACUCACCCCAAAAGAGCUGAACAAACAAGACAGCACAGCACUGCAGUAAAGACAAGACACACAUCCCGGGACAGGCGAACAAAAGAGGCAAGGUACCCCUCUGGAGCUUUUGUGCACUUGUGUGUGGACAAGAAGGUGCCGUAGUUUUGUGUUUCAGUAGGACAAAGGAACGGUUUGAGAUCGGUGCUUGACGGCCUCAGGAUGUCCAGGAAAAGCUCUGCAGGGGAUCUGGUACCCAAAGACAUUACUGAGAUGCUUGCCCUGCAGGCCGGUAAGAAGAAACGCGGUUCAUCCCUGAGUCGGGCAUUCAGCUGGUUCAAGGGCAGUAAACGAAAGAGAAGUCUUAGCACUGGACAAAGCAGGACAGGAGGUCCAGGUGGACGAAGUGGAGAGAGCACUACAACCAAACAGAUUCAUGCCGGUGGUGAACACUGUAAAGGACACAAGUCGGAUGAUGAGAGAAAGCUGAGUGUACACUACACAGCUGCUCAGCACUAUCAGGAGAAUGUGUUCAUUGAAGGCUGCAGGCCACAGUACCUGCAAGACCUUCAUACUGAGGCCCGGGAGGGACUGAAGAUCUUACAGCAGGAGGGUACAUCACAUCAAAUACACAACAAACUGAUAACACAUGCAUUUUCUCAUGCACCUCACUUCCAUUCUUUCUUCCAUGCAGAGCACAGAAAUGGACUGGAUUUUCAGGAUGAUCAGAGUAUGCCAGAAGAUGCCAGCUCAAGAGAAAGAGACGAAUCAUUGGAGACUGAUAGCACUGCUGAAAACUCCAUCAACUCUGCAUCCUCCAUCUCAGCAGUGUCCUCUCGUCCGGUGCUUACACGGCAAGGUUCCACUUUUAAGCCCUUGAACCCAGUUAAAAGACUCGAUAAGACAAAAAGGAGAAGCAGAAGAACAACGAUCAUGGGCAUACCACAGCAAGUCCAAAAAGAACUAGACAUGGCAAGAGGAUCUACACUGCAUCUUCCAAACGAAGAGCAUAAUGGUCAAGAUGAUUCAUCUGGCAAAGUAGUCAUCCCAACAAUCGAUGGAGAACCUCCUCCAGGACAUCAUGAAGGGGCUCGUGUACACCUGCAAAAUAUCGAGGUUCGCCAGACAUCAGGAGAUGAGGAUCUUCUCAUACAACACAUCCAGUCCGUCUAUCAAGAAGACUUGUCAGUAAGCCGAAAGCUUGGGCUGGGACCAUGCCCUAUGCAGAGGCCUAAAUCUCUGGCUGUGCCAGGCAUGACCGCUUCCUGUUUACUGCAGGAGCCGCAAUGUCCCGUGAUGUCCAUCUCACCGCAAGCAACGUAUUUAUCCAAGAUCAUUCCAAAUGCAGUUCUGCCCGCUGCCAUAGAUAUUAUUGAAAUUAACCACGGUAUCUGCCAACAUAGCGUCAGUACGGUUGGCAAAGGUAGUUCAGCAGCUAGCCCAGCUUCUACAAGGUCAGGAGGUAGAACAAGUGAAGGUCCACCUACCACCAGCAUCCCCAACAGAACCCAUUCACAAUCAUCCGAGACUGUCGUUUCUAACUCCUCCACAAUCUCGUCAAAAGCGAAAGGUCCACCCGUAUGCGUUGCUGAUGGCACCAAAGAAGCCUCGGAUUUAAUCCCAAAGGACAAAUGUGUUGCGAGCUCAAACAGUGAAAUAUGUUCUGACUGUAAAUGUACAAAUCAGAGAUUGGAGCACAGGGACUCAAGUGAUACAGGGGAAAAUGUCAGAAACAGCAGUUUCUCUCAUAACCUCUCUUUGAUGAAGACAAAACUACCACCAGCACCACCACAGAGAACCUAUUCUCUGCACCAUGAACUCAAAAUCAAAAGGAGAUCAAAGGAAUGGGAACCAAUCAACGGUCAAAAUCUGACCAGUACAAAAGAAGAUGAUCAUUCCUUCAAAGAAAAGAGUUCUUUCCACUCAUUAGUACCAAACCCAUUAAGACACUUUGAGUCGUCUCCAAAGUCCAGUCUGGUCAGUCCCGACCAGACUGGAUCAAGUAGCUCAUCUCCACAUAAAAUAUCAUCUACCGAAAGUAAAUUUGAUAGGACUUUAUCUCCUUCGAGUGGAUAUUCAAGUCAGAGUGGCACACCAACACAUUCCCCAAAAGAGGUCAGUCCCUCCUCACCUGGAAAUAGACGAGUUAAGCCUUCAAAACCAGACAGAGCAGGUGUACGCACCUCCCCGGUGGUUUCGGUUACGUCAUCUAUGACUUCUCUGUCCUCAGUCACAUCAGACACAGCGCAUCAGGACAUUCAAACUAACAUCACUCCAUCAGAGCCACUGAAGCUCUUCCCUCCUGUUACAAAUCCUGUGACACCCGUAAAACCAACAAACAGCCUUAGAGAGCUGUUCAACAUUCCACCUCCACCUAAUGUAAAGGCCCCUUCUCCUCCACCUCCUGAAACCUGGAUUCAAAACAAACACACAUUUGAACUGUUAUGUGGUCCGGGUCCAAACGUUUAUAGGUUACAACAACUUCAAAAACAGCAAAAGUUAAACGGUGGAACUCAAAACACAGAUACAAUACAUAAUGUUGACCGAAUAAUCCCAGAAAUACAAACAGCAGAUGAAACAAAUGCUCAACUGGAGAGAAAAGUGCUGGUUGUGCCACCACAAAUUCAUGAACAAAUGAUGUCAGAACCUACAACAAGGUCAACAUUACAUAAUGAUGAGGGUCCAGCUAGUCACAACAAGUCCAGUCAAAGCAUUCAGACACAAGAUCUGAGAAAUGUAGAGAACCAAACUCAAACCGUUCCUAAUACGGAGGUACCAACUAUUGAAGUUGAUCAGCCUCAAACAAACUGUGAAGUCGAUACAGAUGCUCAAUUAGUGAACAAAUCCACUCCAAAGUGUUACAAAAUCAAUGCAGAGAACCAAAUAGACCCCAUAGUUCAGGACAUUUCGAAUCACAAAUCAAUGCAUACUCUCAGUAUAAAAGUACCAGAGAUCAAUGGCAUUUCUCCACCCCCUUCUCCACCUCCAGAACACCACCCCCCUCCACCACCUUCAAAACACCCAUCAGCCUCCCCAGACUCGAUUCCUGCACCUGAUGAGGAGGAACAAGUGCAGGACACAGAGGUAAAGACCACGUCUCUGGAAUCUUCUUGGCCGCCUCCACCACCACCAAUGGAUGAGUCAGCUGAACUUAUGUUUGAGGAGCAAGAUGAACUUGAAUUCCCUCCACCACCCCCCUUAAUUAUCUGUGAACCCCUGAUAGAGACAUCAGGUAAAUGUCAAGAAUCACACGAAGAGCACGUCAAUGUAGAACUAGUGUCAACAGAAGUCUCUGACAUGGAAAGUAGUCCAGUAGUACAAAUAUCAGAAAUUCAUAACAUUUUGGCAACAAGAACUGUUCCAAACUGUAGAGUGCUGGAUGAUAAACCAAAGUCUUGCACCAGUGUCUCACAAGUUCAUAUAGAAAACACAACUGUAGACUCUCCCAAAACGUCACAUCUUUUACAAGUUGAGGACUUACUCUAUGCAAAGCCAAAUAUAUCAGAAGAAGAUUCAUCAGAGGAAGCAUUACCUGAUAUCCAGGCAGAGUCCACUAAUGUGGCCAAUGCACCGCCCCUGUCAAUGGAAGACCAAUCUGCUGUUAACUUCCGAAGGCAACUGAGCCCCAUAAACAAGGACAACUGGAGCAAAGACCACCUGUGUCGCCACAAGAACGCACCUAUUCCAAAGGAGGAUGCCAACAUUCCCCUCGUCACACCUUCUUUACUUCAGAUGGUCCGACUACGGUCUGUAAAUGUUGAAGAUCAAGUAACCGAUGAUUCCAAAACAAGUCCCGAGUCCACAACAAACAAGGAUCAGCAAACCUGUAGUCAAACAACACCCCAAAAGCCUAUUCGCAAGUCCUUGACUCUAAAAUCUCUCCCACCCACAGUCACAUCCCCUUCCAUGUGUCUCCAAGAGGCCAUACGUAUGAAGACCGCUGCUUUGUCAUCCACCGGAGUAGCACCAAAGCCUAACCUACGCUUAGCCUCAACUGGUGGUACUGGUUCACCCAGUGACUUGCACAAGUCUCAUGCGUCAACCGCCAGUUUUAUCUUUUCCAAGAGCACAAAAAAGGUUGUCAUUGAAACAGCUACAUCUACGGACGCUCAGCCAGGCCUUAGCCAGAAUCUGGCGCCUGAGAUAACGCAGAUUUCCGACCCAGCCAAGAUGAUGAUUACAAACGGCACAAAAAAGCCAAUUAAGGUGCCGCCGCCUGUUGCUAAGAAACCGAUGCAUGGAACAAAUCCUCAUAACAAGCCAGAGAACGCAACAACAGAUAAAGAGUGCUCGACAAAUGAACAAACAGUGAGAGUUAAUGGGCAAAGCAACGCCGUGCAUCCUGCUGGUCAGCGAGCACAAGCAUCGGCUAGUCAAGUUAUAGCAAGAAGUACAGAGUCGACAUGUUGAAGAUGUGUUUUGAUUGGACUGUUCGGUCACAGGAAGACAAAGAAAGUGAUGGAAAGCUCAAGUAAGAACAAGAUAAAGGAUCCAUGGAUACCACACCUGUCUUUAAAGCCUUAGCCUGGAAAUGGCCUUCAAAUGUAUGCAAAAAGGUUUUCUCCCUUUUAAUCCAUUUUAUAUAAUAGCUUUGUUACAGCUUUCAAGUAUUUUUCUAAAUGUUGAACGGUCUGCUCUGGGAAAAGUCACUUUGAUUUUAUGGUGGAUGUGCUGGUGGAUUUUGUAAAUGAUCAAUGGCUAAUGACUGCAAGAUUGAAGUGACAUCUAGUGGUCACUAGUCGUAGCAACUGUUGCUGUGUGCAAAAUAUAAAACCAUGUGUUAUCAUUUCUUGACAUAUCAUUUCAAGACAUUCUUGACAGAAUUUGCUUGGAGCAAAUAUAUGUAACUACACAAGUACAGCACUAUCAGUUAGCUUCAAAACACGACUGAGAACAUGAACAUGAUAUAAACACAUUUACUAUUCAGUAGAUAAGAGCACUUUGUGAGCUAAAAUGCUGCAUAUUUUUUUUGUUGGAACCAGCAAGCAGUGAGAGAAAAGACUAAUGGUCCCUUUAGGACUGAUGUAAAAUUAUAUAUACACUUUAGUAGCGAUUUACUUCAAAGCAGGAGUGAAGCGAGAAACUACACUGUUUUAAAAUAAAUAUGCAUUAAAGAUAUUUAUAGAUUUAACCUGGUG